AUCUAAUUCGAUUUUAAUCAUGCCACUCAACAUUUGGACAGUUAUGAUUGGGCAAGCAACUUCAUGUGACACUGCGAUAGGCCUGCACAUGACGUCAGCAAUUAAACCCGCCUACUUUUGGGAAGACAUCUCUGCUGGUGGAGUCCGAUGGACACAUUAGCUACGAAUAACAUUGCCGGGCAAACUCAGAUGGCAUGUCCUGAGAAAACACCCAUUCAAAUUCUUCAUGAAUAUGGCACGAAAAUUGAUUGCCUUCCAAUUUAUGACAUGGAGAAAGCAGAGGGUACACCACAUCAACCAAAUUUUGUUUUUACUGUCGCCAUAGGUGAAAUAACCUGCAGAGGUCAAGGAUUCAGUAAGAAAGCCGCCAAACAUCAGGCUGCUGAGGCUGCACUGAAGAUCUUGGAAAUGGACCCUGGGGCCCUGCCUGUGCUUCAGCGUACUGAGAGCAACGGACUCAGUGAACCGAGUGAUCAGCAGAACUCUGUCGGAGUGCUGCAGGAGCUGGCACUGCAGAGGUCAUGGCAUCUCCCUGAUUAUGUGGUGGUGAUGGAGACAGGCCCCUGCCACAACAAGGAGUUCUCCGUCACCUGCAGACUGGAGAACCUCAUGGAGACAGGAACAGGAAGUUCAAAGAAAACGGCCAAGAAGGUUGCGGCUGAGAAAAUCCUUGAGAAACUCCAAAGCCUAUCAGGGUCUGCUGAAAUCACAUGGACUCCGAAGCCCAUAGUCUACUUGGAAAGUCUGCGUCACUCGACAAGUGAAACAAUCUCUCAGCUGAGGAGGACUCCCCUCAGCAUCCCAAACACAGACUAUGUCCAGAUGAUGCACGACAUAUCGCAGGAGCAGGGCUUUGAGAUCAUUUACCACAAUAUAGAUGAACUGACAGUGAACGGGCAGUACCAGUGCUUAGUGCAGCUGUCUACUGUGCCAGUGACUGUGUGCCAUGGGACGGGCAUGACUAUUGGCAACGCACAGAAUGACGCAGCACACAGUGCGCUUCAGUAUAUCAAGAUCAUGGCCACGAUGAAAUAAGUUAUUUCUGCUCUAUAAAUUAAAAUGUACAGUGACAUGUGACAUUGUUUUUGUGGUUGGCUGGUCCUUUUAUUUUCCUUGGGCCUAAACCUUAUUCCUUAUGAAAACGUAUAGGACAAAUUCCCAUGGAGUAGUCCUGUAUACAAAGUGUCUUCAAUUAAUUCUGAAACAGUCAUUCUUGAGACAUAGGACAAAAUUAACCGAACUGACUUCAAAACCAAGGUACACACCAAAUCAGAAUGUUAUGUACCAUUAUACCCCUAUUCACUACUGGUCAAAAGUUUGCAAUCAUGUAAAAAAAAAAUGUAUUUUGGCUCAAGAAUGACUGACCAUACUCAGAACACACAGGUAGGUAUAUGUAAAUGGAGGUGGUUGGUUAUACAGUUAAGUUAUACAUUUUGGACACUGGUCUAAAUAUGAUACCAGUAUAAAUACUUCGGUCAUGUUUUGGUUGUUAACAUGUAUCUGAAUUUUUAAGUUGAAGUAGCCUUUUAUGGCACAAUAUGUUUGAGCCAGAUGAAUAUGUUCUUCAGUUCAACCACUUUUUCAGUUGAGUGAGGUCCCGGUGUGUGGACUGUAUGAAAUAAAUAUAUCAAUGUUGAAGAUA